GUUGAAACCAGACUAAGUCGAUACACGCCGUUGGUAGGUCCGAUCUUUACUUUAUUUUUCUUUAUCAAUUUUUUUUGUUUUAAAUCAAUGUGAAAAAAAAAGGUACAAUGAAAAGGAAUUAUUUAUUCAAGUUACAUUUAAUUGCUGUGAAAGUUCAACACCGGAAUAGAAUUUUCUUUCCAGUAGGUAAAUAUAUAACAGAUCAAGGCUAAAAAAGUCAUAACAGAAAAUAAACCCCCUGGGUGAUCCCGCUUUUGUAUAAGUGACCUACGCAAAAAAAAAAGAAAAGAAAAAGCUGUUAUUCAACAAAUAUAGUUUGGUGUUUCUUCUUCCUCGGCUGCUCUUCUUUGCUCCGCCACUACCACCACCGCGUGCUGUCUCUCUAUCUCUUAAUUUGUAGGCUUGAAGAAGAGUCGUCGUUCAUGUGUCGUUGCUUUUUAUGUUGGUUUUCGUUUUAUGAGUUUUGAUGGCAACUGCACCAGUAAAGUCACAACCUUUACACAACUUCAACUUUCCGUUUCUGAAAUGGGGGACCCAUGGAGGUGGUAGUUCUUCAACGGCCAGCACCGACCAUCGCCGUUCUCCUGAAUCCGACUCGGACCACGACCGUCUCCGUCCGACGCGUGUUGGGUCACGAUCCACCCGCAUUCAACGCUUAUCCUUCCCUCCUCCACCAAAUCCCAUAAAACUAGGCCACCGCGAAGAAGGUGAACAACAACAAGAAGAAAAGUCUUUGAAGCUGCGAAAAAAUGAAGCUGAAGAAGAAGAGGAAGAGGAGGAGGAGACGGUGCAGAGACCGUGGAAUUUGAGGCCGAGGAAGGUGGUGAUGGAGACGUCGACGGCGGUAGCUACAGCAGUGGCGGAAAAGAUGAGUGAAAUGACGGCGCCAAAAUCGAUGAGAUUAAGGGGUUUGGCUGAAAAUGGAGGGGUUGUAGAAAAGAAAGAAAAAAAGAAGUUUUGGAUUGCUUUAUCAAGGGAAGAGAUUGAAGAAGAUAUCUUUGUGAUGACAGGAUCAAGGCCCUCCAGAAGGCCCAAAAAAAGGCCCAAGAAUAUUCAGAAACAGCUUGAUAAUGUUUUUCCUGGGUUAUGGUUGGUUGGUACAACGGCCGAUGCUUACCGUGUUGCUGAUGCACCUGUUAAGAAAUAGAUCUGCUUUUAUAUGCUUCACAGAUUUCCAGAUAAUAAGGGGAUGGCUUCGGAAAUCUAAGCUUUGUAAGAUAUGGCACAUUGAGACCUCAAAUUUUUGAGGCACUGUAUACUUCCUUCAUCUGGAAGAGAUCUUCCUCUACUCAUUUGAGCUUCAUCAAGAGGAGUACCUGAUAAGGUUUAGUUUCCAGUCCUAGGAAGACAUGGGCAGUCAGGAUAGGAAAGCCUCUUUGGCAGCAUUCCAAUUCAUGGUAAAGAUGUAUAAUUUCUUGCUUGUGAAAGUGUUAAUAUAUGCUAAUUUUAACACAAGUGUGAGCUCGAUGGAAAAGCCUUUUUCGUUUCCUCAAUUUCCUCCUGAAAUUAUAGAAGAGCUUUUUGCUAAUUACAGUUUUCGUUUUCUCCAUACAGAAACUUGGCACAUUUUUCUCAACACUUGCCACCAAAAUAAGUCUUUUUACGAGUAUUGUGAACAGAAAAGGGAAAUAGAACAUUAUCAAUCACAAAUUUAAAAGAAUUUGCAGGUGAAGUAUUAAACUAUCCAUGUCACCUAUUUCUUUUUUCUCUUAAAAGAGAAUAAAGAGAAAUUUUAGGUCAAGGUAGUUAGGUCUGUUCUUUCCUGGUGAAAGUGAUAUAACCUUUAAAAAACCCAUGGUGUGUGAGCAGAUAUUUCAAGUGUUGCCAUGAUUUCUUUUCAAUCUCCUCUCACCUGUCAAUCUUAUUUUCAAUGACGAAGAGGGGUCCACCAUCCUCUCAAUUUAGUCGACUCUAACUUUCUUAUUUUCAGCUCCUUACGCUCUCAAUAGUUUCCUUUUUAAUGCAUUAAUGACUCAGGUUUUGUUGCUUUUGAAUGGUCAAUAGACUUAAUCAAAAUCAAUGACCUGUUUUUGGAGCAAGCAAGGUUGAAUUUGGUCGAGGACUUCUCUGACAAAAGCCCGGACCUUUUUGUUUACCUCUUAAUUUUAGAUUUUGGGGUUUAAUAAUCCAAAAUUACUGCAUAUAAAGUUGAAAACUUUUUGUUCUGAUAGUAGAAGAAAUGAUGAUUUUGCACCCAAAUCUUGAUUUUCGCCCAUCCUUUCUUGAAACAACAGGCUGCCAUGAAAGAGUGUAGGACUAAACCAAUAAUUCAGUACAUAUUAUUAGCAAGCUCAUGGCAUGGGGAGACAAAAUU